AUGCCAAAUGAAUUACCACUCCUUAGGGGUCACAUCACCCUCGAUCGAGCUCUCGACGAAGAUGACAACAUUCUCGCGCAACUUGAAUAUCCAGCGCAAGAGCGAGAAUUUCGGAGUUUUCUGUCCGCUCGCAUGACCGAAAUCGAGGCCAUUGUGUCCUUUCACCUUGGCAGCAGUGAUUUUCAACUGGGCGAUGAAGAAACGUGGAUUUCGGGUAGCUACAACGUCUGCAUCCCCGUGUAUUUCAGUCCGGCCUCUAAGAAAGAUGAUGUCUAUGUCAGGAUACCGUUGCCGUACAAAGUUGGGGAGAGAAACUCUCCCGGCAAUGUCGAGGAGAAGCUUCGGUGUGAAGUUGCUUCCUACAUCUGGAUUCAACAAAAUUGUCCGGACAUCCCGAUUCCUGCACUCUAUGGAUUUGGGUUUCCGGACGGUCAAACGUUCACUGCACCCGAAAAUGUUCCGCGCUUCACUCGACUCCUGUCAUACGUCAAGCGGACCUUGUUUUCGUGGUUUGGAACAGCUACACCAAGUCGAUACAUCCGCCGACGGCGUCUAGAUAUUCUGAAGACUGGAUAUAUCAUCAUCAGUCGAGUUAUCGAGGGAGAAAUGCUCUCGAUCUCGUGGGAUUCCUUCCGCCACGACGCAGUUCGUCGCUCAAACCUGUUUCAUGAUAUAGCCCGGAUUACCCUGUCAUUGAACAAAGCUCGUCUCCCUCGCAUCGGCUCUUUGUCCUUUAACGACAGCGGCCAUCUCGCCCUGACCAACCGUCCCCUAACACUACGCCUGCAGACCUUAGAAAAUGAAGGCAUUCCUACUCCUCUUGAUCGGAAUUCUACCUACACAGUUGUCGAGCCUUAUGUUUUGGACCUCUUGGCGUGUCACGAUCAUCGGAUUCACCACCAACCGAAUUCAAUUCAUCAUCAUGACGAUGGAGAGCAGCAACUUGCCGCUCUAACGAUGAUGCGUGCCAUCAUGCAUCAUUUCUUGGAUCCAACGUAUCGACACGGCCCUUUCGUCUUUACUCUUACAGAUCUCCACCAAAGUAAUAUUUUCGUGGACAAGGAUUGGCACAUUACUUCUCUGAUUGACCUAGAGUGGGCCUGCUCUCUCCCCAUUGAAUUCCAGUGCCUGCCCUAUUGGCUUUCGGGGCGAGCUGUGGAUGAACUGACCGGAGAACGCCUGGACACUUUUCGCCGGUUGGCGACGGAGUAUCUGGACGCCUUCGAGCAAGAGGAGAGACGAAUCCUGGGGACGAACCUGUUUCAAACGCCGAUAAUGAGAAAGGGCUGGGAGACGGGGAGCUUCUGGUACGUCCACGCAGUAAAUAGUCCAAAAGGACUCUUUCGACUAUUCAACGACCAUCUACAGCGGAUUUUCUGCCCUGAGCAUUGCACCACGAAGGUCUUUGAUCAAGUAGUGGCUCGUUACUGGAGCGUAGAUGCAGCAGCUGUGAUAAGGGCAAAGCUCGACGACGAGACAGCGUACAAACAUCGAUUGGAGAAGGCGUUUGCAGACAAGCUGAACAUUCUCGGGACUCAGCCUAGAAAGUAA